ACCGCAAAGAGGCAACGUCCAUAGUGCGCGAGCGAGACUCGAUUUGGUGUAUAGCUAUAAAUAUACAGAAAAAAAAAAUCUCAAUAAUAUAGUGCCCAGUAGUGAUAAGCAAACGUUCCACAACGUUCCACCGCAGUCCAAUCCACAAUUUCUCUUAUCACUGACCGAACUCUCUUAACCAUGCAGCCAGUACUGGAAUCAACAAUUUACAAACUGCUAAGAAUGACAACGAUUUUUGAACUUAUCACCGGCUUCAUCUACACGGUCGGCAUUCUGACGAUUGCUGCCUUUCUAUACGAGAACCUCAGGUCCUUGGUGGGGAUCAUUAAAUCGUUGCUGGAACCGUAUUUCCAGCCCCAAUUACCAAAGACUUUGGUCGAAAAGUAUGGCAAAUGGGCAGUCAUUACGGGUGCCACAGAUGGUAUUGGCAAGGAAUAUGCCAGAGAGUUGGCCCGUCAGGGCCUUAAUCUGGUGCUUGUCUCUCGCACCAAGGAGAAGCUGAUUGCAGUCACCAAUGAGAUUGAGAGCCAAUACAAAAUAAAGACCAAAUGGAUAGUAGCGGACUUUGUCAAGGGUCGCGAGGUGUACGAGCACAUCGAGAAGGAGCUGGCCGGCAUCGAAGUGGGAAUAUUGGUUAACAACGUGGGAAUGAUGUACGAGUACCCUGAAAACUUUGAAGAGGUCAGCGAGGAUCUGCUGUGGAACCUGAUGACCGUCAAUAUCGGGUCUGUGCUGAUGCUCACUCGCAAGCUGCUGCCUAGAAUGAAGGCCGCCCGCCGCGGGGCCAUCGUCAACAUUGGCUCCUCCUCGGAGUUGACACCGCUGCCCUACCUAACGGCUUAUGGUGCCAGCAAGGCAUUCAUGACCUAUUUUACCAGAGCCCUAGAGCGGGAGGUGGCCCCCCACAAUCUCGACGUACAACUGGUGCUGCCCGGCUUUGUGGUCACUAAGAUGAACGCCUACUCCGAACGCGUGAUGGAGGGCGGCUGGAUCUUCCCCAAUGCCCAUAGCUACUCCCGAUCCGCCGUCUUUACCCUGGGCAAGACAAGCGAGACCAACGGGUUCUGGGUUCACAGCGUACAGUACUUCUUCAUGAAGUUGGCUCCGAUCCGCAUCCGAAUGGUCUUUGCCCAUCUGCUAUCCAGUCGCUUGAGGUUCGAUGGUCUUGAGCAGAAGGCAAGGAAAGAAAAAUUGGCCACUUAGCUGGGCUUUGGGCCGUCCUCACUUCAACUGUGUUACAAGUCAUGUAUAUAUGUAUCUUUGGUUCGUAGUCUAAAUGUUUAUAAAAGUAACAAAAAUAAUUUUGUACCAAGCUAAGAAUAAUAAAAUUAAAUUAAAACAAAACAAAACAAAACGGGUCUUCAACUACUUGAUUCACAAUUCCACACUUGCACAUAACAAAGGCCUUAGAUAAGAUAAAGAUUAGAAAGAUACAGAUGGGCAUGGAUACUCUUCAUUACCCUCCUUCAUUAUUAUCCUCAAGAAUGCACAUAUUCGUAUAUAAGAAAUAAAUACGAGUAUGACAUUGUUUCUCUUUGUUGCAAGCUCGUGUUCAAAAUCAGCAUACCCUCCCUCUGUGCUGGUAUUUUUAUAAGAAGAGACGUGAAAAAACCGGCUGGCCAAAUCAAUAGCCAAAAUGCAUGCGGUAAAAACUCUACUCUUGUGCAUUGCAUAACCACACCACUGCAAUUUUGUUUUGCUAAAAAGCAGAAUGGGGGAUCAUGGGAUCAGUGAGAAUUCGGUUUGCAGGGAGAGGUGUACGGUUAUCACCCGUAAAACCGGUUGGCCAGCGAAACUACUGACCGACAAAGCGGUAAAAAGCUAAAAAAGCCAUCAGACGGAAGCGAAGCCUCCAAAAGCCUUCCCCAGAGAUGACGCUGCCUGCUUCGCUUCAUUGCAGCCACUUUGUGCUACUCUUUGUGUUUGUUUUCUGUGAAUUUUGUAUUUUAUUGUAACCUCUUUAGCAGCAAGUGAGGCCUCAAUUUAGCAUGUUGCAUGCAAAUGAGUUUCGGGUGGUUCAGGGAGGAUUCUCUCUCGAGAAACUGCCCACAAUAUGACACAAGGUGAUAUUACAAUAGAAGUUGUCGAUGACCUUUUUAUUUCUGAUUGAGGAGGUCAUUGAUAGAAACCACUAACAAAAAUUGGUACAUGCUUAUUGAAUUACUAAGAGAAUGCAGACAGAUGUUACUCCUUAUUAUAUUGAUGCUAAUAGCUUUAUGAAUAUAUGGACAAAAGGGAUCAAAAAUUAAACCUAUGUUUUUUUAAUGUAGUUUUUCCAUUACUUGAUUUCUGAUCAGUUUCCGAUCAGGAUCAGGAAUAUAUACUUUUUUGCAUCCAUAUGACACAGAUGUAAUACAUACAUUCUACAUGAUAUCUAAAAUAUACCUAGCAGUAUUUAUAGCUACCCCCCCCCCCAAAAAUAUGCUUUUUGUUCGGUUUGGAAUGCUACGAGUACGGAAUGAUAAAUUUAGUACGAAAGUAGACGGUGGUGUUGAAGCGAUUUUUGAAUCUGAAAAAAAAUGUAUUGAUCGAUUUACAUACAAUCAAGAAAUCCACUGCCGUGAGAGAUAGUUAGAUUAUGGCAGUGAGGCAAUGGCAUCCCAGCUGGAACACAACCAAAACUUCAGGGUACCUUCUUAUUUGCAAACAAAUUUUGAAAAAUCAAAGAUCAAUAACCAAAAGAUAUUCAUCUGAUAUGAGGGGCUGGACACGAUAUUGGAAAAAUAUCUUUGCAAAUCUCGAGAAUAAUAAAACAUUUUCAAGGUUUUUUUUCUAGUUGUUUUAUUACUGCAGUAGGUUGCUGUUGUUGUUGUUGCUUUUGUUGUUUUGUUGCAUGUGCAUUUGCUUUGUUAUUCACAAUAAAUUAAAGAAAAGUCAAGUAAAAUGCAGUUAUACAUUAUGUAAGUCUUACUAAAUACGAAUGCGAAAUAAAUUUGUGGUUUAACAAUGAAAUUAUAGCAAAAUCUUGAAUGUUCUUAUUGAUGGCUGUGGCUGUUGUUCUUGCUGCUGUGCAUCAUGGUCUAUAAAUUGCAAAUUAAGUCAAUUCCAUUGCGAAACGAAAACGAAAAA